AGAAUUGUCAUAAAUUUUUAUGACGAUCGGCUGCAAGGGAAUUAUUGGAAUUAUUAACGGAAUUAAAACCUUUUGAGCUGGCUUUUGAGCAGCUUUUGAGAUUGGUGCUAGUGGGCCGGGACUUAAAGUAUAUUUAUAUGCAUUGAUUUUUAUGCUUGUUUUCAUACGCUGUGGAAGAAAUUUAAACUCAAGGGCCGCUGUUGGGCACGUCACAGUCAAGGAGUAACGUAGGUGCGCGGUGAGCUGGCCCCCGGAGACUGCUCAGCAUGAACGCCGGCGUGCGGCAGGUGCGGAGGAACGUCCGCAAUGUGGUCCACAACUACACGGACGCCCAGGUUAAGGUGCGCGAGGCGACGUCCAACGACCCGUGGGGUCCGUCGUCGACUCUGAUGUCGCAGAUCGCCGAGUACAGCCACAACAUGGUGGCCUUCACCGAUAUCAUGCAGAUGAUCUGGAGACGUCUGAACGACCACGGCAAGAACUGGCGGCACGUGUACAAGGCGCUCGUGCUGAUGGACUACCUGAUCAAAACGGGCAACGAGCGGGUGGCCCAGCAGUGCCGCGAGAAUAUAUUCGCCAUCGAGACUCUGAAGGACUUCCAGCACUACGAGGAGAACACGGACCACGGUCGCGCGAUCCGUGAGCGCGCCAAGCAGCUGGUGUCGCUGCUGCAGGACGACGAGAGGCUGGCUCAGGAGCGGCAGAGGGCGCUCAAGGCGCGCGACCGCUUCCUGGAGAGCAGCCAGAGCGCCGGCGCCGCGGACGCCAUGUCUCCGACCAGCCCGGGCGAGCGGUCGGUGGACGGGGCGCGCGGCGCGCCGGACCUGGAGAUGGCGCGGCCGCAGACCUCCGGCGAGGAGGAGCUGCAGCUGCAGCUGGCCAUCGCCAUGUCGCAGGAGGAGGCCGAGCGCGAGCGGCAGCGCAGCCGCUCGGACGAGGUGCGCCUGCAGAUGGCGCUCAAACAGUCCGAACAGGACGUGCAGCCGGCGGCGACGGCGACGGCCUCCAGUCCCGGUGCGCGGCCGUCCGCCAUGUCCGACCUGCUGUCGCUGGACCUGGGCGGGCCGGCGGCGGCCGCGCCCCCGCCGCCGGCCGGCGUGGUGGCCGACCCGUGGGGCCUGCCGGCGCCGGCGGCCGCCAAACCGGCCCAGGCGGCUGCCCCGCCCGUCGACCCCUGGGGGAUGCCCGUGCAGCCGGAGCCGGCCGUCCCUGCGCAGAGUGACCCGUGGAGCGGCACCUCGACUCCGGCGGCCGCCGUCGACCCGUGGGCACCGCUGGAGCAGCCGGCGGCGCCGGCCGGCCCGCCCGCGGCGGCGGCGCCGGUGGACCCGUGGGCGCCGCUGGCCUCGCCGUCGGCGCCGGCCGCCGCCGACCCGUGGGCGCCCGUGGCGGCCGAGCUGGGUGCCGCCGUGCAGCCGCCCGCCGCCGCCGCCGCCCGCGACGAGGACGAGUUUGCCGAGCUGACGCAGCGCUCGGCGGCGGCACCGACCAACGGCGCGGCGCGCGGCGCGGCCGGCUCUCCCUGGGAGCUGGGCGAGCUGUCGGCCGCGCUGACGCCGUCGCCGGUGGCGGGCGCACCCGCCGGCCGGCCGCCGCCCGCCUCCAAGUCGCCGCACUCGUUCCUGGGCGAGAACUCCGGCCUGGUGAACCUGGACAACCUGAUCGGCGCUCCGGCCGGCGCCGCGCCGCCGCCCGCCGCCCAGGCCAACCCGUUCGGGUGGACGCCGGCCGCCGCGGCGGCCAACCCGUUCCAGGCAGCCGCGCCGCCAGCGCCAUCUAUCAACCAGAUCCGGCACCGCCGGUUCGAGGACACUACAAAGCAGCCGCCGGCGCAGCCGCAGCCGCCGACAGACCCGUGGGCCGCGCCCGCCAGCGCCGCCAACCCCUUCCUCUCCUAAGUGCAAGUUCCGCCAGCGGCCGCUAGGUGGUGACACGGUCGGCGGCCGGAGCGGCGGGUGCUGCCGGCCUGUGACGGCCGCGGACGGCGGUGUGCUGAGGUGGACGCGACGGCCCACCGUCCGAUGUGUGUACUCGAUGUGCGCCGCGCCGGGCCGACUGUGGAUCCGCGGCAGUCCAGCGGCCGCCGACUGCGGCUGUACCGGCAGUCCAGCGGCGGCUGACGGCGGCUGUACCGGCAGUCCAGUGGCCGCUGACUGCUGGGGGCCGGGCCGACUGUGGAUACCGCGGCAGUCCAGCGGCUGACGGCGGCUGUACCGCCAGUCCAGCGGCGGCUGACGGCGGCUGUACCGGCAGUCCAGCGGCUGACGGCGGCUGUACCGGCAGUCCAGCGGCUGACGGCGGCUGUACCGGCAGUCCAGUGGCCGCCCAGUGGCCGCGGGGGGGCCGGCGGGGACGGGGGAGGGCGCGCAGAUGGACAGCGCUGCCAGUGCUGAGAGAAUGGACGAGCGAUAACGUAUAGCUAAAUGAUAAUCACAUAUACCUACUGGGCAGGCCGACGGGGAAGAUGAGCGCGCUAGAUGGCCGGCGGGGAUAGCGGAACAAACGUACUGUAGCUCACAUGCCUCUAUAUUUUGUGUUGCGGCGCGGUGAUUUUCGGUCGGUUACAUUGCUAUGGAUCCGUGGGCGCGGCGCCGGCCGAAACUGAGCGGUCUAGGCAGCCGGCGGGCGUGAUGUCUGCGCGCGGCCACCGCUUGUAUGGCGACAUUUACCAGGCACCGACGGUGUCGACGGCCGGCCUGUCCGGGAGCGUCGCCGGCCGGCGCAGUAUUUAUUGAGAUCGUCCGGCCCGCCGCGCCCUGUCCGCACUCUGCUAAUACCAGCUAUUUUUAUGCCGA